AUGUUGGGACAGGUGAAGGAGGAGCAGCAGUUCUUGCGGCAGAUAAACAGCGGGGAGUGGGUGCGUGACCAGCAUGUCGUGCGGCAGACGUGGCGGGAGUCGCCCUGGUGCCUUGAAGAUGCUUCCCAUGCGCGCCUGCCCGUCGUUCAGAGCCGCCUGGCGCGCCGACUCCACCUGGAACUGGCCGGUGUGAUCCACCCCCACUCCCAUGCAGAGGACUUCCCAGGGGACCUGUUCACGCCGGCGGAGAAGAGCGUGUCGCAGCGGGCAAUCGACCACCUGAUGGGCUGGCGAGUGCUGGGGCAGCGCCACAAGGAGCACAUCCUGCCAGUCGGCGCCACCAUCACCGCCAUCGGAGAGCUUGCUGCCUCCUCUGCUGACGGCGCCGCCUGCAAGGGCGCCAUCCCCCUCGGCUCCGGCGGCUCCGUCCUAGUCCUCCAGGCGCCCAAGGACGGUGGGCCGUUCAUCCUGUCGUACGAGAAGCUGCCAGAGAUUGUGGCAUCCCUGAACAGGGUGUCCCACGUGUGCAAGUGGGUGGCCAACUGCUUCAUUGGCGCGGGAGCCAUCCUCGUCACCGUCAAGGCCGUCCAGGGCGCCUGCAGAUUCCUCCACCGCCGCAAACUCAGGAAGAGGCUGGAUGCAGAGGCCCGGAGGCGCAGGAUAAUGCAGCAGCAGAAUGGCGCCCAUGCAAACGGGCAUGCAGCUGCCAGGGCAGGAGUUGAAGUCAAUGGCGAGGAGAGGAUUCGGGAGCACGACCUGUGCUCGGUGUGCAUAGACAGGGAGGCAGACACGGUGUUCCAGGCGUGCGGCCACAUGUGCGUCUGCGAGCACUGUGCCAUCAACCUCGUGCGCUGCCCGCUGUGCCGAGCCAGGUCCCGCACAAUCCGAGUGUUCCGCAUAUGA